AUGCCUACCUCUCUCUACGACCUCAUUAUCCCCACCUUCAUCAAGGGUCUCCAAACCUUUGACCAUGUCCUCACAAAAGCCGAGCAAUACGCCAAAGAAAAGGGCCUCAACGCCGAUGAAGUCUUUCCCCAAGCCAGGCUCGUAGACGACCAACUUCCCCUCGUCUUCCAAGUGCAAACUGCCACCAAAGCUGUUCAGACCACCAUUGGCCGUCUAACAGGCGUUGAGCCCACAUUCUUCGAGGAUAAUGAAAAGACCAUUGCCGACCUGCACGCCCGAAUUCAAAAGGCUCUUGAGGCUGUGAAGAGCGUGAAGCCUGAGGAUGUUAACUCACGAGAGGAUGUCAAAGUGGAGCUCCCCCGGCCUGACAGGAUCCUCCAUCUCACCGUCAAGGAGGCUACACUCUACCAUGGCCAGACAAACUUCUUCUUCCACAUCGUCACUGGCUACUCCAUAUUGCGUGCACAGGGCGUGCCUAUUGGAAAGGCCGAUUAUCUUGGAAGCUUUCUUGCGCAGGACAAGUAUAAUUCUCUGCUGAAGCUCUGA